UCUGCACUGGUGUCUGUCUUCUGGUCUGCAAAAAGAGCAGGACCAGCAGCUGAAUUAUGGUGAGUCCUGAACAGAAAGUGGUCCUGAUCACUGGCUGCUCCUCUGGGAUUGGCCUACGGAUGGCUGUGAUGCUGGCCAAGGAUGAGAAGAAGCGCUAUCACGUAAUAGCCACGAUGCGUGACCUGAAACGAAAGGACAAGCUGGUAGAGGCUGCUGGAGAUGCAUAUGGGAAAACUCUUUCUCUUGCUGUGCUGGAUGUCUGCAGUGAUGAAUCUGUCAAGCAAUGCAUAAACGGCAUCAAAGAUCGACACGUAGACGUCCUUAUCAACAAUGCAGGUAUUGGCCUGGUGGGUCCAGUAGAAAGCAUUUCUAUUGAAGAGAUGAAGAAAGUAUUUGAGACUAAUUUCUUUGGAGUCAUCAGGAUGAUCAAGGAAGUGAUGCCGGACAUGAAGCAAAGAAGAGGAGGACACAUCAUUGUAGUUAGCAGCGUGAUGGGACUACAAGGUAUUGUGUUUAAUGAUGUCUACGCUGCUUCCAAGUUUGCCAUGGAGGGCUUUUGUGAGAGUUUAGCUGUGCAGCUUUUGAAGUUUAACGUCAUCCUGUCGCUGAUCGAGCCAGGACCGGUGCACACAGAAUUUGAAGCAAAGAUGAUUCAGGAUGUGAAACAGAAGGAGUAUCCUGGAACGGAUCCUGAUACUCUGCAUUACUUCAAGAACAUUUAUCUUCCAUCUUCUGUGGACAUUUUUGAGGCAUUUGGACAAACACCUGAUGACAUUGCUAAAUGCACCAAGAAAGUGAUCGAAGCAAGUCGACCUCGUUUCCGUAAUCUGACCAAUCCGCUGUACACGCCGAUAGUGGCACUGAAGUACGCCGAUGAAACUGGAGGGCUGUCUGUUCAUGCUUUCUACCACAUGCUCUUUAACAUGGGGCCUGUGAUGCAUGUCAGUGUGACUGCCAUGAAGUAUCUAACCUGCGGAUGUCUGAGGAGAAGGACAAUUUCACCAAACUAAAAACCAAUGUGAUUUGCUAAGUACUUUCUUAUAAACACAACCAAUUUUAAGUACUUCGCAGUCCAAGAUCAUGCUUACUGUAGUAAAUGGUUUCACAAUAUUAUCCUAUGUAUAACAUUUUAUGUGUGCUUAGAGACAGGAUUGGGGUUAAAGCUGACAAAAUUAGUCAUUAUCUUCAGUGCCAAAUUAAUACGGCUUGAUAAAAUUUCUUUUAAAAAAACAAAAAACAAAAUAAAAUCAAAUGAAGCAACCAGAAUGAUGUCACUAAUGAAGACAUUUCAUGUCAUUGUGGCAAAUGCUGCAACAUUUGAUAAAGACAAUUAUAAACACUAUAGCAUUAUAGAUUUUAAGAAAGAAGUUAAAUAUGACACGUUUUAUGACAUGAAAAACAGAUAUUUCAGCAGGAAUUAUGAACAAAAUGGAAACAAACCGCUGCACAGAUAGUAAACAAGAAAGAUUCAUAGUUUUGCAGGGUUAAAAGAGGGAACGUAUGGGAGUAUAGAACAGGAAGAAGGCGUGAGCCUCCAGGUUUUCUAAGUUUUUAAUCUGUUUUCUGCAAAACGUUUUGUAAACAUUUAGAUUUUGACCAGCAUUGUUGGUAUUAAAAAAUAAGGGCACAUCAACUAUGUCACAACUCUUUUUGAGCUGGAAGGUCUUAUAUAGACAGGUGGGUGCCUGUCCUAAUAAACUCCAGUCAGUUUAAUUAAACACAGCUGGACUCCAAUGAAGGGGUAGAACCCUCUCAAGGAGGAUCAGGGGAAAUGGACAGCAUGAGUGUCACAGAAAAGAUUCUGAAUACUUAUGACCAUGUGAUAUUUCAGUUUUUAUUUUUUUAUAAAUUUGCAAAGAAUUCUACAUUUCUGGGGGUUUUUUUCUGUCAAGAUGAGAUGCUGAAUGUAGAUUCAUGAGAAAUAAUAUGAACUUUUUUGAUUUUAGUAAAUGGCUGCAAUAGUUUCCAUACCCACUGUAGGUAGCCCAGUCUUAGUCAUCAUGACUGUAGCAGUUUAUAUGUGCUAAAACAAUAUACAAUGUAAAACAAGACAACAAUUGACAUUUUAACAAAAUAGUUAGAAAUAAACAUCUUUUAGAUAGCUAUAUUAGUAGCUAAUAUUACUAAAGGUGUUUCAAACUUGGUGUGUUUGUUUUUCACAUUUUUACACAUAUAUGUGAAUGCAUGUAUAUGUAUAAUUUAGACCCUGUGUGAU